AUGCGAAGCAUCGAAGAGGAAGAUAUACCGGAAUUAGAGGCAAAUGGUCGGGAUUCUCGCUCUGCAGCUAUCACGCGGAUGGCGGCGAGAAGGCAAUCUACCAUGUCGAGGCUGGGUUCCAGAAUUCUACCCAAUUCGGUCAUACGAGGUCUUCUCAGUAGCCAGGAAGAGACGCCUGCAGAGGGCCAUGCACACAGACAUGGGUUGGUAUCGAGGACCCCGCCAAGAUCCGAAUCGACACAUAGCAGUGGCCGCUUCAGUCCGUUCAGUGCCCUUGGUUCCCGGGGGAUCAACCGCCGACGUUCCGCUCGGGGGCCAUAUCUAAUUCCCCCGCGUGCCGAAUCGUCAGUCAUAGCGGAUGCGGCAAGUGGUCCGUCAUUUCUCGAUAAUGCCACUGACCGUCUGGCUGAGCCUGGUCGAGCCUCUUGGCGUCGGAGUGGUCGCCUGCAUCGGGUGCGCCAUUCUUUAUCAACACCCAUAUCUCAUAUGUUUGGUCAACCUUCGUUAACUAUCCCGUCACAACACGAUAACUCUCCACGAAUAUUACAUCGGCCAUCUCUGAGUGAUAGCCUUCCCAGUGCCAUGGACACUCGCCUAGAUUUCGGGGAGCCUUUGCAUGAGUUAGAUUCGGUUGAGCCAAACGUGCACGCUGAUGGAGCUACACCUUCUGGCAAUCCCCAAUUAAUGCGCCGGCUACCUGGUCUUCUGAGAGCGCGAUCAGCACGAUCCUUGCGACGAGAAGAACAGACUCCUCUUUCUCGGGUGCUUCAACUUGCUGCGGCGGCGAUUGCAGCUCAAUUGUCUGGUGCCAAUGGGCCUCCCCUGCCAAAUAUUCAAGCACUAGGAAACGACGGACUGGAUGGGUCACUAGAGACUUUCAUUCAGAGCUUACAGAGUGCUACAUCCACCCAAGCUGGGCCAACGGCAUCAGCAGAGGGAUCAAGCAACACCGGAAAUGAAGGCCCUUCGCCCCCAGUAAAUUUUCUACGAGUCUUCCGAUUUGCCAACGCUGAUUCUCCAGUUGAUGCUAAUCCACUUGGUCGCAACCCCAACGAAUCUGAGAAUCCUGAACCGCCAUCAGAUGGAAUGUCUGUUGAUGAGCCCCCACAAACAGCGGAAGGACGUACAGUGACUUUGGUCGUUGUCGGUGUUAGGUCGGUUCCAGCUGGCAGUGGAGGCACUAGUGAACAAGGGCCAUCGGCUCCAGGGGGCCCUGGGCUGGACGCUCUGCUUGGACUACCUUUCCUCUCACCAAAUGCCAUUCCACGGCCACAGGAGGCGCCUGGUGAUCUUGGACAGCGGGCAGAUGGACGUCCAAGACUGCAUGUCCCACGCCCUCCAGGCUCUAUCCCUAGCGUAGCCGAGCUCCUACGGAACCCAGGCGCAAAUGGCCCCAGGAGAUUAUCAGAUGCUGGCUCUCGCGCCAGUUUGCCAAAUUUUCCUCUUUCUGCCUUGUCUGAAAGCCCACCAGCCCCCCGCCCUCCUCCCUCAACACCCGCCGAGCAGGGGUUGUCGGCUGUGUCAUCUAGCACCUCGACGCCGAGCCGCAGGCCCUCAUCCGCCUCGGCCAUGACAUCUAGUGUUUUGCCUCAGCUGCAUGAGAAUCACUCCGUUAGACCCACUGUAGAGCCUACCGAUGAAUCAGUCCCACCGCCUAGUGCUGCACGCCAGCGUCGUCGAAGUGAUUCCGAAUAUGCUCGGCAUCGUGCUCUUGGCUCUGGGUCCAUUCGUCGUAACGGUGUGGUUGAACCUGAUCAGCCUCCCCCAAGUGGAGGUAGAAGCUGGUUGAUUUACGUUGUCGGAACCAAUCUAUCAGAGAACCACCCGGCUCUCACCACUCCCAGUCUGUUCACUGAUAACCCCACAUAUGAGGACAUGAUUCUUCUCUCGUCGCUUCUGGGCCCAGCAAAGCCUCCUGUUGCAACUCAAGCUGAUGUCAAUUCCGCAGGCGGAUUAUUCCGGCUUGUUGAGUAUGAUGGCUCGCUAGUGGCCGAGUCUAUCAAUGGCGCCGGUGCCAUUCAUAUCCAGGAUGGCGAGCGUUGUUUGAUCUGCCUGAGUGACUACGAGGUGGCCGAAGAAGUCCGAGAGCUUGUCAAAUGCAAGCAUGUCUUCCACCGGGAUUGUAUUGACCAGUGGUUGACUACUGGACGCAACUCUUGUCCUUUGUGCCGAGGUGAGGGCGUUGAUGAAACACCUAGCAACGGUGGUUUUGGUCCUGCCGACGCCGUUCCAGCUUCAACUCCCGAAGGUACAGCUAUUUGA